GUUUAUUAGUUAUUGUUUAAUAACGCGCCGCAACGCGUUAACUUUGACUUUGUUACUAUUUCGGGGGCACAGCCGGUGUCCGAACAUACCAACGAGUUGAAAACAAAUGCAAAUUACAGGCACUUACAUAUAAAUUGAGAUUGAUUUAACAAACUCAGUAGCAAACAAAUCAACGUCGCCCUUGGCAGCAGGCUAAGCGCAACAAGUAACCAUUAUACAUUUUAAACCUAGAACCCAUUAGGCACACAAACUGUAAACAUAUAAAUUUGUAAAAAAAAAAAAAAAAAACCAAAAAAAAAUGUUACUACAAAAAUUUUGUGCCCGCGCUCUGCACACCACGCGCCAACUGUGCAGCGCUGGCGCUGGCCUCGAGAAGAGCGCGUUGUCUACGCUGCGCAAGAAGACCGGCUACACAUUCGCCAACUGCAAAAAGGCGCUCGAAUUGCAUAACAACGAUGUCAAGCAGGCAGAGAAAUGGCUGCACGAACAGGCGCAAUCACUUGGCUGGUCCAAGGCCACCAAAUUGUCGGAUCGCAUCACAACACAGGGCCUGGUCGGCGUCCUGGUAAGCGGCAAUCGUGGUGCCAUGGUGGAACUCAACUGUGAAACGGACUUUGUGGCACGCAAUGAUACCUUCAAGCGUUUUGUCGAUCACGUGUCACGCAUUGUUCUGCACUAUACGGAUCUCACCGAGUUCGAUGGUGAUCUAUGGAAGCUUGGUUUCGACUCGGAUGCCCUAAGGAAUCUAGAGACGCCGCAGGGCGGUUCUCUAGCCGAUCAUUUGGCGUUGCUCAUUGGCGCGAUGGGCGAAAAUGCCAGCAUUAGGCGCGCUCUCUGCUUCAAGGUCAACAACGAUUUGCGGCUAGCGGGUUAUGCGCAUCCGGCGCCCACCAACGUUAGCACCACACAAAAUAUAACACAAGUGGGCAAAUAUGGAGCUAUUGUCGCGUUUCGUUCCCAGCUAGAGAUCGAUGAUCCGGAAGUCCAGAAGGGUAUAUGCCAGCAAAUUGUGGGCAUGAAGCCAAUCAAAAUAGGCGAAUACGACAAGGACAUGCCGGCAGAGAACAAAGACGAUGAAACGUGUCUCAUCCAUCAGGAGUAUCUGCUGGAUGCCGAUAAGACGGUUGGUGAAGUGCUCAGAGAUAAUGGCAUCAGCAUUAUUGACUAUCAUCGUUUCGAAUGCGGGGAACAAACGCAGCGCGACCUCAAAGAGAUUAUGCGUGCCCAGCAGCAGAACAGCAACUAAACCAGAUCCUGGACGUAGUAUACAAAUUUGUUGUACAUCUUUUCUGUUAAUUCCCAUAUACUGGCCCAAACUAACGAAAUUCGGAAGAACAAA